AUGGAAAAUAAUGAAAAAAAUAAUUUUGUUGAAUCAAGAAAGAUGUCUGAUGAAAUUGAAUGGAUAGAAGAAGUUUGUACAAAUAAUGAACCUGAAAAUGAAAAGAAAUCUGAUGAAAUAGUUGAGAAAAAAAAAGAAGAAGAUAUUAAAAAUUUUGAGGAUAAUAAUAAAAUAUUGAGUGAAACAGACUUUAAAUAUUUUAAAUGUCGUUUUUGUGGUUUAACAUAUAACUAUUCAUCAACAUUAAAAGCUCAUGAACGUAUUCAUAAUGUUACUAUGCCAUACUCAUGUCCAAAAUGUGAUGAAUCAUUUCAUUAUAUGUGUGAAUUAGAAUAUCAUAUUAAACAGCAUGAAAAUCAAAAAGGUUAUAAAUGUGAUUGUGGUAGAACAUUUCAUAAUUAUACUGAUAUGUUAUACCAUAAACAUGAUGGAGAUGAUUAUUAUUUAGAAAAUCCUGGAGCAUUAAACUCAUUUAAGCAGUAUAAUUCAAAUCAAGGAGAAAUAAAUGAUUAUGUAUCUAAAAUAACAUCAUCAACAUAUUCUAAUCCAAAAAGUGGUGAAAUGGUUGUAGAAGGAUUACCAUCAAUAAAAAUGCCUGUACCAUCAUUUAUGGUUGAUGGUUUUGAACCAAAACAUCCAUUAAAACAAUAUUCAGAGACACGUUCAUGUCCAUACAUUUGCCAAUAUUGUUCUAAGGCUUAUUCUGACUCAAGGUCAUUGACAUAUCAUAUGUAUAGUCAUAGAGGAGAAAGAUAUUUUAAUCCAAGAGCAUCCCGUUUUCUCAUGUCACGUACUGAUUAA